UCCAAUGUUGAUCACAUUCACAGUCCAGUUUAAUAACCUGCACUCAUUCUGACUGGUUUCAUCCUGGUGCCAGAUCACAGUGGAUAAAACACAACUUAGAUUAAAAACAUUAACAUGCCAGACAGCAUUCUGGAGGAGAUUUUUAUAAAACGGUCCCAGCAGAAGAAGAAGACCUCACCUUUAAACUUCAAAGAAAGGCUGUUUGUACUCACUCAGGACAAAAUAUCCUACUACGACUAUGACGUCGAAAAGGGGAAGAGGAAAAGCCUGAAGGGUUAUGUGGACAUUGAAAAGAUCAAAUGUGUGGAGAUUGUUUUACCAGAAGACAGCGGACCUCCUGACCGACUCUUCCCAUUUCAGAUAAUCUAUGACGAAGGUCCCCUUUAUAUAUUUGCAAAGUCAGAUCAAAUUCGCAAGCACUGGAUACAUGAACUAAAAAAUGUGGUGCAGUCCAACAAGGACCUUAUUCAGAAGUACCACCCAUGCUUCUGGGAAGAUGGCAUAUGGAAGUGUUGCCAGCAGGAGGUGAAGCAGGCCAUGGGCUGCAGGGUGGUGGAGACCAAAAAUGGAGGGGUUUUCAAAAGAGGUACCAAGAAUCGUGAUUCCAGAAAGCCUCUUCCACCAACACCUGAGGAGGAAAAGCCACCCAGGCCUCUACCCCCCCAACCACCCAUGCUCCCCCCAAGCUUCAGUGUGGGCAUGACUGUUAUAGCUGAAUAUGAGUAUACACCAGUUACUCCCCAUGACCUAGAGCUUAGAAAAGAUGAGGAGUACACACUCUUAGAAAUCAACGACCCCAAUUGGUUUAAAGCCAGAGAUGGAUAUGGAAAUGAAGGCUACAUCCCAAGUAACUACAUCGCUCAGGCCUUGAAUGGAUUGGAGAAAUAUGAUUGGUACUGUAAGAACAUCAACCGCAGCCAGGCAGAGAAUUUACUGAAAACAGAAAAUAAAGAUGGCGGUUUCUUGGUGAGAGACUCGGGCAAAUUCACUGGAAAAUACACUGUCUCUGUGUUCUCCAAGGCUGGUGGGGACAAUGCUUGCAGUUGCAGACACUACAACAUAUGCGUCACUGCAGAAGGCCAGUUCUAUCUAGCGGAGAAACACAACUUUUGCAAUAUCCCAGAACUUAUUAAUUACCACCAGCACAACGCAGCAGGACUAGUGAGCAGACUAAAAUACAUUGUGUCAAAUCGGGCUCAGAAUGCUCCCUGCACUGCUGGUCUGGGUUAUGGAAGUUGGGAGAUUGACCCCCGUCAACUUACAUUUAUCAGAGAACUUGGCAAUGGUCAGUUUGGAGUGGUCAAGUAUGGGAAAUGGCAAGGCCGCCAUGACGUGGCCAUUAAAAUGGUCAAAGAGGGCUCAAUGUCGGAGGAUGACUUCAUAGAGGAGGCCAAGGUCAUGAUGAAACUCUGUCACGAAAACCUGGUCCAGCUCUAUGGCGUCUCCACAAAACAACGACCCAUCUAUAUAGUCACAGAAUAUCUUGCCAAUGGAUGUCUGCUGAAUUACUUACGAGAGAGCCUGCAGCACCCCUCCAGUAUUCUUCUCCUUGAGAUGUGUAAAGAUGUCAGCGAGGGCAUGGCUUACUUAGAGGCCAAUCAGUACAUCCACAGAGACCUGGCUGCUCGGAACUGUUUAGUAGACUCAAAUGGAACCAUUAAAGUGACUGAUUUUGGAUUGUCAAGGUAUGUUCUGGAUGAUGAAUACACCAGCUCUGCUGGUUCAAAGUUCCCAGUGCGUUGGUCGCCUCCUGAAGUCCUCCUUUACUGCAAGUUCAGCAGCAAGUCAGAUAUUUGGGCAUUUGGUGUUUUGAUGUGGGAGAUAUACACUCUGGGCAGAAUGCCUUAUGAUCGGUGGAACAACACAGAGAUAGUAGAGAAGAUUUCUGCUGGUCACCGGCUUUAUCGCCCACAAAUGGCCAAUGACAAAGUUUUUUCCAUUAUGAACAGCUGCUGGCAUGAGAGACCAGAUGAGCGCCCCACGUUCGUAGAUCUUGUCAUGACCAUCAAGGAUUUGCUUUUCAAUAUGUAAUCGACGUAACUACUGUGCCCCCUUGAACAUUAAGGAUACAGUCCACCAUAUGCAAUUGAAAGAAUCAUUAUGUAACUUGUCUUGAAUAACCUCCUCAAUUAAUUUCUUUCAACUAAGAACCCAAUAAUGUGAAUGCUGUUUUACACAUGUCUUUGAUCUUUUUUUUUUUAGUUUAAAUUGUUGCAAGAAAAAAAUGGAGAUUGGAAUGUGAUUUCUCAUUUAACAUUGCAGUCUUACAAGCUAUGUUGUAUUUAGUCUAUAAACCUCCCCUCAGUUUCAUAUUUAAAUCAAAAGCUAUCUUUAAUAUUAUUUAUAAUAACCAGGAGCAACAACAAUAAAAAUUUAGGACUGUAUUAUAGAUAAUGACUGUGGCUGUGUACUG